CCCCUAUUCCUUCCCGGCAUCUAGAAAUUCCCGUCAACUCUGUUACCUAAAUCUGCCUCUAACCUCCCAGAACCACCCUAUCCCCACCCCCGACACACCUUCGCGUGUCCUGGAGUCCCGAGAACCCCUGUCUCCUGCAAAUUCCCCUGCUACGCCCCCAGAACCACCAUUCUCUCUGGGAUGAAUCCAGAUGCUUCCACCGUCCUGAAAUUCCUCUGAGUCUUCAUGCUCCUCCAUUCUCCUUGCACCGUGCUCAAAUCCAAAGCAUUUAUCCACCUUUCCCCAAUCCAUCUCACACGUUUUGAACCGCCAUAACCUCAAACUCCUACUCCCAGUCCACACCUGUCUCAGAGCAGAGCCUUCUCCUCCUGUCACCCGAUGUCACCCCUUUAGCUGGGCUGUCAUAUGUCCUGGUAUCUUUAAGAGCAGUGAAGGAAAUAGGAAAAGAUGCAGCGUCCUCCCUCAUCUUGCACCCUGCCGUUCUUGGCUUCACCCCCAGACUCCCUGUUGGUGGCUCAAGCCCCAGUAUUUACCCAGCUGCCCGUCUUUACCAAGCUGUGCACAUCUUCCUCAGCCCGCUGCCCCUUCCAGAGAGUAGGCCAGACAGAGGGCAGGGGUCCUUUUACCUGGAAAGUACCCCAAGAUGCAGAGCACCUGGGGCCCUGGGAAAUGACCUUGUUUUUCCAGAGCAGGAGGGUGGGAUUUCAGGGAUCUCCAGGGUCCUGGCUUGUUGACUUGUCCACCUAGGGCUCACAUUACUGAAAUUUUGGGUGAUAGCAUUUGUGUUAAAUUAUAGGCCUUUUGGAGCUUGGAGAACAGAAAGUCUAUCAAGGUUCCAAAUGUGAGACUGAAGGAGCUUGUCCUAGAAGAGGAAAAUGUUGAUUUUAGUGGUGUUUGUCCUAUGUACUUACUUCUAGAGGUGAAGCUCCAUAGUUUACAGCUGUUUCCCGCAAAAACUGGAAAGCUGUUUCCCUUAAAGACGUUGGUGUGGGAGUUGUGGGUGGCGAUGGAGGAUCUGCUUGGCAGACUCUCUCUGAUACUUAGCAGGAACAUAAAAACUAGAAUAUUGGUUUCCUGAAUCUUAAGCCAUUGCGCUUUCCAAUACAUCUUCGUGUCUUCUUGAGAGAGCUCUCUGUAGAGUUCAAGUUCUCUGCAAAGGUGAGCCCCAGGUGUAUCCCAGGGAGAUCCAAGUGACUUCUCUGCAGACUGCUUGCCAUGCCACCCCACCAAGAACAGGGGGAAUAAAGUGGGGGUCCUUCCCCAUGCCCCUCCCAUGGUCAGCUCUCCGAUGGCCUGGGUGAGGGCAGGCAGGCUGCUCUGACACCAUGGGGAGCUGCUGCAGCUGCCUGAACCGAGACAGCGUCUCAGACAACCACCCCACCAAGUUCAAGGUGACGAACGUGGAUGAUGAGGGCGUGGAGCUGGGCUCCGGAGUGAUGGAGCUGACCCAGAGCGAGCUGGUGCUGCACCUGCAUCGGCGCGAGGCUGUCCGCUGGCCUUACCUCUGCCUGCGGCGCUAUGGCUACGACUCCAACCUCUUCUCUUUUGAGAGUGGCCGCCGGUGUCAGACUGGCCAGGGGAUAUUUGCAUUUAAGUGCUCCAGGGCUGAGGAAAUCUUCAACCUCCUCCAGGAUCUGAUGCAGUGCAACAGCAUCAAUGUGAUGGAAGAGCCAGUCAUCAUCACCCGGAACAGUCACCCGGCUGAGCUUGACCUCCCUCGGGCCCCCCAGCCUCCCAAUGCUCUAGGCUAUACCGUCUCCAGCUUCUCCAACGGCUUCCCUGGCUGCCCAGGAGAGGGUCCCCGAUUCUCAGCACCCCGGCGCCCCUCAACGAGCAGCCUCCGACACCCCUCGCUUGGUGAAGAAUCCACCCAUGCCCUCAUUGCCCCGGAUGAGCAGUCCCACACCUACGUCAACACGCCAGCCAGCGAGGAGGAGCAGCGCCGAAGCCGGCACUGCCUGCAACCCCUGCCUGAGGGCCGGGCGCCCUUCGCGCCGCAGGCCCGGGGCCCCGACCAGCGGGACCCACAGGUGUUCCUGCAGCCGGGCCAGGUGAAGUUCGUGUUGGGCCCCACCCCGGCUCGGCGGCACAUGACCAAGUGCCAAGGCCUCUGCCCGAGCCUGCAGGACGCCCCCCACCACAACAAUAACAACGAGGGCCCUUCGGAGUGCCAAGCCCAGCCCAAGUGCACCUAUGAGAACGUCAGCGGGGGGUUGCGGCCGGGGGCGGGCUGGAGACUGAGCCCGGAGGAGCCGGGCUGGAACGGCCUGGCCCAGCGCCGGGCUGCACUGCUGCACUAUGAAAACCUGCCCUCCCUGCCCCCUGUGUGGGAGAGCCAGGCCCCGCAGCCAGGGGAGGAGGCCGGGGAUGACGGAGACUCCAGGGACGGGCUCACCCCUUCCUCCAACGGCUUCCCAGAAGGCGAGGAGGACGAGACCCCACUGCAGAAGCCCACCAGCACCCGGGCGGCCCUCCGCAGUCACGGCAGCUUCCCCAUGCCGCUGACCCGGCGCCGAGGCUCCCCGAGGGUCUUCAACUUUGAUUUCCGCCGGCCGGGCCCGGAGCCCCCAAGGCAGCUCAACUACAUCCAGGUGGAGCUGAAGGGCUGGGGUGGAGACCGCCCCAAGGGGCCCCCGAACCCCUCCGCCCCCCGAGCCCCUGUGCCCACCACUCACCCGACCCGCAGCUCAGACUCCUACGCCGUGAUCGACCUCAAAAAGACCGUGGCCAUGUCCAACCUGCAGAGGGCGCUGCCCCGCGACGACGGGACCGCCCGGAAAACCCGGCACAACAGCACCGACCUGCCUCUGUAGGGGCGCCCCUCCUCCGCCCGGCCCAGCCUCCGCCUCCCGCUCCCGUGCCCCGAACCCCCACUCCGGGGUUCCGGGCUGCUUCGCAGAAGGGCACUGAGGUGGACCAGAUGCUUUCCCGCACUGGCCAGAGUCCCCAAAGAUAUCAGCUGCAGAGUCCCCCGGUGUCCGAGCUGGGGACAGGAGAGGGUGACCAGGCGAGGAGGGAGCCGCGGUGUAAACUGUGAAGGGCCCCCCGACGGCAAUUAGCACCCUCCCGUUCUGUCCUCUGUCGCGUCUGUCGUCUGUGUGUUUUUUUGGUUGAAAUUUGGAAACAUUUUGUACCUGUUGAUUUUAUUUAUCAGUUUAUUUUUCUAUUUAUUGUUUUAAAUGUAAUUUAACAUAUUUAUUAUUAAUAUAAUUAUUUUUAAAUUCUGA